AUGUAUGAAGGAAAUUACUCUGAAGUAUCUGAAUUUGUCUUACUGGGACUUUCUACAUACAGACCAACACAGUAUUUCCUCCUUGUCUUCUCUACAGUGUUUUAUGUAUUAAUAGUUUUAGGGAAUCUCCUAGUUGUAUUUAUAGUGAUAUUAGAUGCUCAUUUACAUUCCCCCAUGUACUUCCUUUUAGCUAACCUUUCAUUUAUUGAUUUGUGUUUUUCUACCUUAACAGUUCCUAAGAUGAUUUCUGACAUGUACUCUGGGCACAAUACCAUUUCAUUCAAGGGGUGUGUCAUCCAGAUAUUUGUCCUUCAUGUGCUGGGUGGAUCUGAGAUGGUUCUGCUCAUAGCCAUGGCCUUGGACAGAUACGUGGCCAUAUGCAAGCCCCUCCAUUAUCUGACCAUCAUGAGCCCAUGGAUGUGCCUUUUGCUUCUGUCUAGUGCUUGGGUUAUUGGUCUCAUUCACUCAGUGGCCCAGCUAGCUUUUGUUAUCUAUUUGCCAUUUUGUGGUCCAAAUGCAAUAGACAGCUUUUACUGUGAUCUUCCUUGGUUUAUCAAACUGUCCUGCAUAGACACCUACAGAAUGGAGUUCUUGGUUACUGCCAACAGUGGAUUCAUUUCCACGGGGACUUUCUUCUUAUUGAUUAUCUCGUAUAUCUUCAUCUUGUUUACUGUAUGGAAACGGUCUUUGGGAGGGUUGGCCAAGGCUCUCUCUACUCUCUCAGCUCACAUCUCUGUGGUGGUUUUGUUCUUUGGACCUUGCAUUUUUGUUUAUAUGUGGCCAUUUCCCACAGUUCCAGUGGAUAAAUUCCUUGCCAUUUUGGACUUUAUGAUCACACCCAUUCUGAAUCCCACCAUUUACACACUGAGGAACAAAGACAUGAAGCUGGCAAUAAAAAGACUGAGUAGUCAUCUCCUACAUCUAAGAAAACUCUCCUAA